AUGCAACAUAGAAAAGUUGUUGCUUAUGCAUCGAGGCAACUAAGGAAACUGGAGCAGAAUUACCCCACUCAUGACUUGGAGCUAGAAGCCAUUACAUUUGCCUUGAAAAUAUGGCGUCACUAUCUGUAUGGAGUUCAUGUCGACAUAUUCACUGAUCACAAGAGCUUGCACGAAGGAGCCAUAGUCCGAAAUGCUGCCGAAUCUUCGGUAGUAGCUGCAGUAAAAGCACGGCAAUUUGAUGAUCCAGCCUUGGUGAAAAUAAGAGAAAUCAUUCCCUUUAAAAAGAAGCAAGUGUUCGAGCUAUCCGAGGACGGGGUCCUUAGAUACCAGGACCGAUUAUGUGUGCCUGAUGUUAGAGGACUCCAAAGGCAAAUCAUGAUAGAGAUUCUCCAAUCCUGGUAUUCUAUUCAUAUGGGGUCAACCAAGAUGUAUCCCGAUCUUCGACAGCUAUAUUGGUGGAACGGCAUGAAGAGGAACAUCGCUGAAUACGUCACUCAGUGUCCAAGUUGCCAACAAGUUAGGGUUGAAAACUAG